AUGCCACCUAACACCAAAACUUUAAAGCAACAACCAUCAAAGCUUGAUCUAAUAGAUGAUACCACACUAACAUCUUUACCAUUCCCGCCUCCACCACCAAUCAAGCGGCCAUCGGCAGUAGCUUCACAAAGUUCAUCGUCGAGUAGCACAGCAGCAGGUGGAGAUCGACGACUGAAUAAGUUAAAUUCGAUUCAAUCUAAUCAAUCGGGAACCACUUGUUCCGAUCAAAUGGAGACUGAAUGUGUGGGUGACCUAAAUUUUCAGAACAUUGGUGAAGACGAUGCAGAAGAAGAAGAUGAGGAUCUUUACGAAUAUUCUUACGAAGAGGAGGAUCCGAUAGUUUUAGUUGAAGAUUACUUGUCAUUGAGGGAAACAACGCCCUCAUACACUACUAUCCCAGCAUCGUCAUCUCACAUGACAUCAUCAACAUGUUCCACUAGUUCAGAUCAUCAUUUACUACGCCAGAAAUCACUAGCUAAUUUCAAGAAAAGGGUUUUGUCUUCCAGCACAAAUAGUUCCACUGAUACUAUAAUUUUGCAACCGGAAGAGAGAAUAACUCUGACAACAAGCAGUCACAAGUCUCCGUCAUCAUCAUCGUCUUCUUUGAUUGCACAACGUCAACCACGACAACAGUCAGAUGAUUUACAAGCCAUAUUUGGUGAUCUACCAUCUUUUCAUCUACUUAAACAUUGUGAUUUGUGUAAUAAGCCACUUUACGAAAUAUCAUCAAUAAUAAAUUCCAAGUCCAACUUGAAUUUGAACCUAAAGGAAUUUGUAUGUGGUGAUUGUAUAUCAAAUUAUGAAAUUUUCAUGACUGAAUUUGUUCAAGAGCAACAGCUAAAGAAUAAGAAACAAGAGCCAGAUGUGGUAAUGGAACCUGCUUCCAAAAAGAUAAAGAACACCAAAUUUUGGCAUGUGUUGAAUCAUAUUUCAAGUAAGUAUAAUGUGAGGAGAGAGGUUGUAUGA